CUACGAGCGUGCUGCUCUAACGGCGCGUUCACUGCGCGCUCAACGCGUUCCACUCGCGCUCGACAGCUGCGACUGACGUAUUUGGACAAGAAAUGAAUGCCCUUUGAAACUUCUUCGUAUCCCAAAUGUGAUGUUUGCCGGCGCCGUGGGUGUUUCCCCGCUCAUUCCUCCGGUUUAAGUGAUCCGAAAGCACACCGGUGGAUCGGUGCGCGACAUUUUUUGCCGACAAUACCACGGAAAACACGACUCAAAGCGGUUUGUUUUAAUUUCAUGACCGAAAACUGAUCGUUCGCCAAGUUGGAAACGACUUCGGAUCGUUGACUUUGGGGAGAAAUGGGCACUUUACGCGAUCUCCAGUACGCGUUACAGGAGAAGAUUGAAGAACUGAGACAGAGAGACGCGCUGAUUGAUGAACUGGAGUUGGAGCUGGACCAGAAAGACGAACUCAUCCAGAAGCUUCAGAAUGAAUUAGACAAAUACCGAUCCGUUAUAAAACCUGCAACUCAACAAGUCCACAAGCAGAGUGUCCUCCAAGAGCAGCAGAGGACCAAGAGACAGGCGAUCUCAGCCGAACCUACAGCCUUUGAUAUUCAAGACCUCAAUCACGUCACCCUGCCUUUCUACCCAAAGAGCCCACAGUCUAAAGAACUAAUCAAAGAAGCCAUUCUUGACAAUGACUUCAUGAAGAACCUGGAGCUGUCUCAGAUUCAGGAAAUUGUGGACUGCAUGUACCCUGUGGAGUAUGAUAAAGAAAGCUGUAUCAUCAAAGAAGGCGAUGUGGGCUCCCUGGUCUAUGUCAUGGAAGAUGGCAAGGUGGAGGUGACAAAGGAAGGCAUGAAACUCUGCACCAUGGGACCGGGGAAGGUGUUUGGAGAGCUCGCCAUCCUCUACAACUGCACCAGGACUGCUACGGUACAGACUCUCACAAAUGUGAAGUUAUGGGCCAUCGACCGCCAGUGUUUCCAGACCAUCAUGAUGAGGACCGGACUCAUCAAGCAUGCAGAGUACAUGGAGUUUCUGAAGAGCGUUCCAACAUUCCAAGGCCUUUCGGAAGAAAUACUCAGCAAGCUAGCUGAUGUGCUGGAGGAGACUCACUACAGUGAUGGAGAGUACAUUAUCAGACAAGGUGCCAGAGGGGACACGUUCUUUAUCAUUAGCAAGGGAAAGGUAAACGUUACUCGAGAAGAUUCACCCAAUGGAACCCCUGUCUAUCUGCGGGCCUUAGGUAAAGGAGACUGGUUUGGAGAAAAAGCUCUUCAAGGAGAAGACAUCAGGACGGCUAAUGUCAUCGCUGCUGAAGCUGUCACCUGCCUCGUCAUCGACCGAGAGUCAUUCAAACACUUGAUUGGAGGUCUGGACGAUGUCUCGAAUAAAGGCUAUGAUGAUGCUGGCGCCAAAGCAAAAUACGAGGCAGAGAAUGCCUUCUUCUCCAAUUUGAAGCUGGUGGACUUCAACAUCAUCGACACCUUGGGAGUUGGAGGAUUUGGAAGAGUUGAGCUGGUGCAGCUCAAGAGUGAAGAGACCAAAACAUUUGCAAUGAAGAUUCUGAAGAAGCGUCACAUCGUGGACACGCGGCAACAGGAACACAUCCGCUCUGAGAAACAGAUCAUGCAGGAGGCCCACUCAGACUUCAUUGUAAGGUUGUACAGGACUUUCAAAGACAGCAAAUAUCUGUACAUGUUGAUGGAGGCCUGUCUAGGAGGAGAACUUUGGACCAUCCUUAGAGACAGAGGAUCAUUUGAAGACUCUACUACACGGUUUUAUACAGGCUGUGUGGUUGAAGCCUUCGCUUACCUGCAUUCCAAGGGAAUAAUUUACCGUGAUUUAAAGCCAGAAAAUCUCAUUCUAGAUCACAGAGGAUAUGCCAAACUUGUGGACUUUGGCUUCGCGAAAAAGAUUGGAUUUGGGAAGAAAACAUGGACAUUCUGUGGAACGCCGGAGUAUGUAGCCCCAGAAAUCAUACUGAAUAAAGGCCAUGACAUCUCAGCAGACUACUGGUCAUUGGGAAUUCUUAUGUAUGAACUUUUGACUGGAAGCCCACCAUUCUCAGGACCGGAUCCAAUGAAAACAUAUAAUAUCAUUUUAAGAGGAAUCGACAUGAUAGAAUUUCCAAAGAAGAUCACCAAAAAUGCAGGCAAUCUAAUUAAAAAACUAUGCAGGGACAAUCCAUCUGAGAGGCUAGGAAACUUAAAAAAUGGAGUCAAAGAUAUCCAAAAGCACAAAUGGUUUGAAGGCUUUAACUGGGAAGGCCUGCGCAAAGGAACUCUCACACCUCCAAUUAUUCCUGAUGUUGCAAGCCCGACUGACACCAGUAACUUUGAUAGCUUUCCUGAGGACAAUGAGGACCCUCCCCCAGAUGACAAUUCUGGCUGGGACACUGAUUUCUAAAACUGAAACUUGUAACAUGCCCUGCCCUGGAGUGUCCCGUGUGGUUCGUCAGCGAAGAGGAGAACAGAUUAAGUCUAGCCCAGCUCUGUGACACCAAGUUGCCUUCGCCCACACUUCUAUCCUGCGGUGCCUCUGGGGGCGUCUCAGCCCCCCGCCGCACCCCACGACUCACAUAAACUGUCCUCAUCAGAAAGACUGGAGUCCAUAUUCCCAACACGGCCUCGGAUAUGGACUCAGACCACCUCGUGCUGGAGCCAGUUGUUCAUAAAUGAGCCCUUGGGUUUUUUUUUUUUUUUUUUCUGCUGUUUUAUGUUUGACUGAUUCCACAAGCAGUGGUUUCAGGUUUUAGGUCUGGGUCUUAAAAACAGAAUCAUAAGUAGAGACAGUAAUAUGAUCUGGACUGAGUAUUGAUAAUUUUUCUAAGAUGCAUUUUAGAAAGGAAUUUAAACUGUGGUUACUUUUGAUAGCAUGACUAGUUGUGUAUAAAUACGGAUAAUAUAUUUGGAACAGAAACACACCAGUGUCAAAUACUUAAAAAGGUAAAAUGU